GAUGAAAUAUAUUUGAAACAAACUAAAUAUUUUCUUAAAAUCUUUUGUCAAGAGGUAAUUCAGGAGGUUACAUGGGCAACAAAAUGUGCUUUAUUAAAUACAUUUGGCACAUAUUGCGUAUUAAAAUUUUAACAAUGUUUGUGAAUGGUCAAGGUGUCUAAAUAUAACGUACUAGCAAAGGUCUAUGAAACAGUCUCACAAGUGUAAUUACUGGCGCAGGACCUCCUGUAAAGUUGUCAAUCAAAUCAACUAUAGCCAAUCGCCUGAAAGGGCGUUGUGUUCUCUAUUUCUGAUUGGACUGGUGCGUUCUUACGUCGCGAUAUGACGUCGCUACUGGUUCCCAAACUGCUUGUGAAUAUGGCGAACAUCAGAAGCGUCAAGGGUAUGGUAGGUCUGGUGACUGGCGGGGCUUCUGGUUUGGGGAGAGCUACUGUAGAGAGGCUCAUCAGCCAGGGGGCCAGUGCUGUGAUCCUAGACCUGCCCAGUUCUGAUGGACACAAGCUGGCUGCUGCUUUUGGAGACCGCUGUGCAUUCGCUCCUGCUGAUGUCACAUCGGAGUCAGAUGUGAGAUCGGCUGUGGAUUUGGCCAAAGAGAAGUAUGGCAAGCUAGACUUGACUGUGAACUGUGCAGGAAUUGCAGUGGCUGUGAAAACAUACAACUUAAAAAAAGACCUUCCCCACAGCCUGGAAGACUUCACACGUGUUAUUACCGUGAACAUCGCUGGGACAUUUAAUGUGAUCAGACUGGCUGUAGGAGAGAUGGGAAAAAAUGAGCCUGAUGCAGAUGGACACAGAGGCUGUAUCAUCAACACAGCCAGUGUUGCUGCUUUUGAUGGGCAGGUGGGCCAGGCUGCAUACUCUGCCUCUAAGGGUGGGAUUGUGGGCAUGACUCUCCCCAUUGCACGGGACCUUGCACCAAUGGGGAUACGUGUAGUCACCAUUGCCCCUGGUCUGUUCUCCACACCGCUGCUAGCAGGAUUACCUGAGAAAGUGCGAAACUUCCUGGCCCGGCAAGUGCCCUUCCCUUCACGUUUGGGAGAUCCAGCUGAGUUUGCACACCUUGUGAUUGCAAUAGCAGAAAACCCAAUGAUCAACGGCGAGGUGAUUCGCUUGGAUGGAGCCAUCCGCAUGCAACCUUGAAGGAAGAAUUGGGGAAAAAGGGAACAGAGUAGAAAGGCUCCAGUUGUUUCUUUUGGUAACAUUAAAAUACCCCAAACCAGUCCAUGACAAAAGACCUGAUAUGUAUUCAGCAUUUUCAGUAUAACGCAGGAAAAAAUGCCAGGAUACUUUUUUAUCUGAAAGAAGUGCUUUAACUGUGUGCUUUUUUUAAGCCACUGGAAGUUUUUACACUUUGAGGCAUUAAUGUACUGAACCAUAUGUGCCUCUGAGGUACUGUGGUCUUCACUAAUGACUGCACACUUACAAGCAGAUUAUGUCCCCAUAAUAAAUACUGGCUUGAAGACCUAGAUCAGGCCUUUAGACUAGACUUGAUGUAUGUCUGAAAUGUAUUUAUACAAUCAUAAGGAGUGUCAGAGUUCUAGUCAUUUAUUUAUGUUGAAUGUUUCUGUGUCAACUGAAUGUCUUGUCAUUUUGUGUAAAAUAAAGUAUGUACAGUACAACAGGAUGGGUUAUAAAAUAACUAAGUAUUUGCAUUUGUAGACAAGCUCAGGGAUUACUGUAGCAAACAGAAACAUAAAGCUCCAGGCACGAUGGUGAAUGAGAAAUGAUAGAUUUGCCACCAUAUUGUCAAAUAUCAAACAUUCUGUUCCCUUUUUUUCCUUGCUGUAAAAUAAAAAUGUUCUGAGUAAUGGAUGGUCAUAUGGUUGAUUAUGGACAAAUAGCCAUUUAUUUUAAAAAAAAAAUAAACUAAAUUCUAACUGAGCAAUUUUGUUUAAUCUUCAAACUAAAGUCAGUAGGUUGACCAAUAGAUGGCAGAAUUGAGAUUGUUUUGAUGUCUUGACAUUGACUACAGGGACAUAUCACAUAUGGCCUUCUGCUUGGAUAUUAUGCAUUAAAUGAGACUGACUAUGAAAUGAA